AUGGUCGCUGACACCAGCUACUAUGAUGCCUUGGGCGUCCCGCCGACGGCUACCGAGCUGGAGAUCAAGAAGGCCUACCGCAAGCUUGCUAUCGUCACUCACCCUGACAAGAACCCCGGCGAUGAGACCGCUCAUGAGCGAUUCCAGGCGAUCGGUGAAGCCUACCAAGUUCUGAGCAACGAAGAUCUGCGCAAGCGAUAUGACAAGUUUGGCAAGGAAGAUGCAGUGCCCGGUGGCGGUUUCGAGGAUCCUUCGGAGUUCUUCAGCAUGAUAUUCGGUGGCGAAGCUUUUGUCGAUCUCAUCGGAGAGAUCUCCCUCAUGAAAGACCUGACCGCGACAAUGGAUAUUACGAUGCAAGAGAUGGAGGAGGAAGAACUGGCCGAGUCUGCCGAACAGAAGCUCAACAUUCACGAUGAGGAGGUCAAGGCCGCUGGUGGUGAGCCUUCUGCCGCCUCCUCCUCCAAGGCUGCAGAGGCUGCCGCUGAGGCUUCGGGCCACGAGGCACACGCUCCGCCACCCGCCUACGGCGAGGCAACUGCUCAGAGCUCUGGAACGAGCACCCCCCGACGCUACUUGGGACAGCAGGCUCUGAUGGACAAGUCGGAGGAGGAGGCUCGCAUGGAGGCAGCUGGCCUGUCACAGGAGGAGAAGGAGCUUCGCAAGAAGGAGAAGAAGAAGGGUUUGUCCAAGGAGCAGCAGGAGCGUCUUGCUGCAUUCGAGGAGGAGCGGAGAAAGGCUCGCGAGGAGCGUGUCAACACCUUGGCCAACAAGCUGAUUGACCGUCUCAGCGUGUGGACCGAGACUGACAAGGGCAAGGACGUGACGCACGCCUUUGAGGAGAAGAUCCGCCUUGAGGUUGAGAACUUGAAGAUGGAGUCGUUUGGUCUGGAGAUCCUGCAUGCUGUUGGUGCUACGUAUGUGCAAAAGGGCACCUCGUUCCUCAAGUCGCAAAAGUUCCUGGGUAUCUCUGGUUUCUUCUCCCGGCUCAAGGAUAAGGGUACGCUGGCCAAGGAGACCUGGACUACCAUUUCCACUGCCAUUGAUGCGCAGAUGACCAUGGAGGAGAUGGCCAAGCUGGAGGAGCGUGGUGGUGAGGACUGGACGGAUGAGAAGAAGGCCGAGUACGAGAAGAAGGUCACCGGUAAGAUUCUUGCAGCGGCCUGGCGCGGCAGCAAGUUCGAGAUCCAGAGCGUUUUGCGCGAGGUCUGCGACCAGAUCCUGGGCGACAAGCGGAUUCGCCUGGAGAAGCGCGUGGAGCGUGCUCACGCUCUGGUGCUCGCUGGUAACAUCUAUGCUAAGGCCGAGCGUGACCCCGAGGAAGAGGGUGACUACAUGGCCUUUGAGCAGCUGAUGGCGGAAGCGAUGCAAAAGAAGGGCAAGGAUGAGAAGAAAAAGAAGAAGUCCAAGCACGGCCACGAAUCCCCGGAGACAUCGCCCGUGGACAAGGCUACUGCUGCUUAG